AGGUGUUGUCAUCGUGUUCCUUUAGUUUGGUGUGUUUUACACUGGGCGUGCGGCCGCAGUUUAAGACGUUAUAAUGCGACUUUAGCAUAGAUUGUUAGAGUUGUUUAACGUAUUUAUCCUAUAGUGUACUGAAGAAAGACCGUUAGGUAUAUUCAGGAAACCAACAAUCCUAACUACAUUUCACACGAAAGCUAACUUUAGCUUAUAAGCUACUAGCUAACGCCUAACGUUAGCUAUGGAGGAGAAGAAGGAGGAGAGAGAAGCGGAGAUCCAAGAGCACGGCCCCGAACACUGGUUCUCCAAAUGGGAAAGGCAGUGCUUAGCAGAGGCCGAACGGGAUGAUCCAAACGAAGAGGAGACGGAACAAAGCCAACAGAAACUGUGGCACCUCUUUCAGAACUCGGCCACUGCAGUAGCUCAGCUCUACAAAGAUAGAGUAUGUCAGCAGCAAGGCCUCUCUCUCUGGGUGCCCUUCCAGAAUGCAGCCACAGCUGUCACUAACCUGUACAAAGAGAGUAUGGAGGCCCGCCAACGGAGCUAUGAUCUGGGCAUCCACUUAGGCCACCAGCGCAGGAAUAAGGAUGUGAUUGCAUGGGUUACGAAACGCAGGAGAACUAUCAGGCGCGAGGACCUCAUCAGCUUCCUGUGUGGCAAAGUUCCCCCUCCACGGACAGCUCGCGCCCCUCCAAGGGUUGCCAUGGUGUCUGCAAGCCGACCAUCACCCCCAGAGACAGGUAGCUCUGUGGAGACCGACCUGCAGCCUUUCAGAGAGGCCAUAGCACUGCAUGGCCUUAGUGGUGCCAUGGCAAGCAUUUCUGUGCGUUCGGGUCCUCCUGGUUCACCAACUCACCCUGCCCAAUCCCUUAGUCGUCGUAGGAAUGGUCUUCAUGAUGUGGACCUCAACACCUUCAUUGCUGAGGAGAUGGCGCUGCAUUUGGAUUCAACAGCCAAUCGUAAAAGAGGCCCUGCCCCCUGUAGUGAUGUCAUCACAGACUCACCUACUCAUAAACGUAACAGGAUGCUCUGAACUUUUCCUACACCACUUAUCCCUCCGUUGUCCUCUCCUUGGUGGCCGACUGGACAGCUGAUGAGGACUGAUGCCUUGGCCAACCAUUGAAAUCUUCCUCCUUUUCAUCUUAGUUGCAAUGCUACAAAUAAACUUAACAAUUACCAAUCCACA